AGUGAACACCAACAGGAACAGCAGUUAAACACAACUGAGCGCCUGCUUUCUUAAAAUAUUUUACCAAGUGGGCAGACUUUUGACAGACUUCAUUCCCUGUGACCUCUACAGACGGGGAUAUUCAGCUGGUAGUGAAUCAGCUAUGUAACAUGACGACGAGAAAAAUGGAAAAUGAUCCUGGAGAGUUAAAGAGGAUCUCUGUUCCGGAGGUCAGACUUAUCCUGAUUGGUGGACGAUGGGCUGGCAAGAGCUCCUCUGGCAACACCAUACUGAGAAGUGAAAGGUUUGAGUGUGGCCGAAUCAGAACAGUGCAGUCUGAAUUAAGACAUCAAGAUGUUGAGGGCAGGACACUCAUUGUGGUCGAUGCUCCAGGGUGGAGCAGCUCCCUCUCCCUCACUGAGAUCCCAGAACUGGACAAGCAGAGGUUUAAACUAAACCCGUCCAAAUGUUCUCCCGGACCACACGUUUUUCUUCUCGUCAUUCCUAUAGACUCGGCCUUCUCUGUGGAGCAGAAGAUGACCGUGGAGGAGCACAUGAAGCUUUUGGGGGAACGUGUUUGGAAGUACACCAUGGUGCUGUUCACGUGUGGCGAUUUCCUCGGGGAGAAGACGAUAGAGCAGCACAUCGAGAGUGAGGGAGAAGCACUCAAGUCAGUAACAGAAAGAUGCAGGAACAGGUACCAUGUGUUCAAUAACAAGGAGAGAAGUGACUCAGCCCAGGUCACUCUGCUGCUUGAAAAGAUAGAUGAGAUGGUGCAUCACAACCACAGCAGUUACUACGAGACUGAUGAACAGACUUUGAACAUCAUUAAAGAGAAGCAACGGGGGGUGAUGGAAAGGGCACAACAUAGACGGAAGAGGACAGAGGAGCAAAGACAACAGAUGAAAAGUCUUAUUUCAGAAGAGGCGAGAACCAUCCAAAAACUCCAGAUCAUACUCUUGGGAAGUCGCAAUGUUGGGAAAACUUCACUUGGCAAUGCCAUCUUGGGAAUAAAAGAGCGAGAAGAUGGGAAAAGAACAGCCGAGUCAGUGGCCCACCGGGGGUUCGUAGGUAAAACUGAAGUGACUCUAGUUGACACACCCGGUUGGUGGAAAGGCUUCCCUGCACUUGACACUCCUGAAGCUAUCAAAGAAGAAGUGAUGCGCAGUAUGUUUGUGUGUCCCCCUGGGCCUCAUGUCUUUCUGCUGGUGCUAGACGCCGAUGCAUCCUUUAAUGCCAAACACUUAGAUGCAGUGACAACACACUUGGAGCUUCUCGGAGAAGGAGUGUGGAAACACACAAUUACAGUUUUCACCAGAGGUGACUGGCUAGGAGCACACACAAUCGAGGAGUAUAUUGAAGGGGAGGGAGAGGCCCUGCAAUCAUUAGUUGAACAAUGCGGAAACAGAUAUCAUGUCGUAGACAACAAGAAUGCGGAUGAUGGCACUCAAAUUACUGAGCUGCUGGAGAAAAUCAUGGGGACUGUUGCUGCAAAUGGCUGGAGUCAUUUUGUCCCAGAUGACCAGAUCCGUGUGACCAUUGAAGAGAGACGAAUAAGAGUGGAACAAGGAGCAAAACAGAGGCAAAGUCAAGUCAAGGCCAAAAUGCAAACUUUCAAAGAUUCCAGAAAUAAAUUACAAGAGGUGAGGCUUGUGCUGCUAGGACAGAAGACAUUUGGAAAGAGUGCAACAGGAAAUACUCUCCUGCGCAAAGAAGUGUUUGCCACCUGUCAGAAUGAGUAUUGUCAAGUAGAGGAGGGGGAAGUUGCAGGCAGACGGAUCACAGUGAUCGACACUCCAGGCUGGUACAUGAAUGUUUCUCAAUGCAAUCAAAAAACAGAUGAGGAGAUUGUCCGCAGCUUGUCGCUGAGUCCACUGGGGUUCCACGCAGUCCUUCUGGUAGUUCCACUGGACCUGACGUUUGGAGACGUUCAGCUAGCCACCCUGGAGGACCACAUAAACCUCUUUGAUGACAGUGUCUGGAAACACACCGUGGUUGUGUUCACAUAUGGAGACAAACUAGCAGAUAAGUCUGUAGAAGAACACAUCGAGAGAGAGCCCCAUGCUCUAAGGCGGUUGGUGGACAAGAGUGACAACAGAUACCAUGUGAUAAACAACAUGAAGAAAACUGACCUUACCCAGGUUACCAAGUUGUUUGAGAAGAUAGAGGAAAUGGUGUCAGGAAACAAUGGGAGGCUCUUUUGUCCUGACAUGAACAUGGUCCAUGUGAGACUUGAAGAGAAAUUCAGCAGAAGGCAACUGAAAUAUGUGUUGAAGCAGCGAUUGGAGGAGGAGUACAGGAGGAGAGAGGUGGAGCUGAAGAAGGACUUCAUGAAAACACUCGUCGCGCUACAAGCUGAGAUCAAGGAAAAUGUGACAAGCACUAAACACAAGCCACUGGUUAUGGCCAUUGGCCAAAAGAAGAAGGAGAGCAACAUUGACUUAAAAAUCAGCCAGAUGAUUGAAGAGCUUGAGAAGGACAUUGCCAGAUCCAGCCAACAUGUGACUAGCAGCAUGGAGUUUUUAAUCCCAAGUUUGAGUGGAGGCAGUCCAGUACCAUCUGUCCAUUCAUCUGAGCCUUCACUAAGACGGAAAAAAGCAAACAGCAACUUUGACAAAGUUCUGGGUUGGCUGUCAACACUGAAGAUCAGCACGAAUAUGGAGAACCAGCUGACCCUCAACUUCUCUCAAACGUCAGGAUACAGAUCAAAUCUACCGCAGGAUGACUUUGACAUAGACACAACAGAUGAUAUUCCUGAUGAUUGAUGUAAAUAAA